GUUUGACCCCGGACCCGCCCACCAAACUGAUCGCCAACGUGACAGCGUGACGAGCAACGACACCACGACUGACACCUCUUAUUGCAUUUGUAAGAGGUUGUCUUCUUUUUAAACACGACGUAACCAUGACAUCAAAAGCUGUAACAACAGUUGAUGAGAAUGGCGAGAAAGAGAAGUACAUCGUUUCAAGUCAGGAUGAGUUUCUACAUCUGUUCGAGAAGCUAGUUCUUAAAGAUGAAGAUGGCUAUCGCAUUGGCGGAUACCUGUCCCUUAAGGAUGGCCAAACAUACUAUGUGGCCAGCGUGCCUGCUGAAUACCCUCCGCUUAGCCCGGCUGCUUUGCGGGGCCCGAUGAUAACCCCUCGAUUCCCCCCUUCCCCUCCACGUGAUGGAAUCACAAACGCGCCGUUCACUCUAUUUCGACAUGAGUUCGUCACUCGUGUCCUAGAUUUUGCCAAGAAGACAGUAAUUUUGCGUUCUCCUCCUGCAACUGGCAAAACGUCUUUAAUUGAUUUGACCGAGAAGAAACUGCGGGAAACAACGGAAGCAAGAGUCAUCCGGAUCAAUGUCGGUGAAUGCGUGGACGACCAAGGACUCAUUGAUAUGCUGGUGGAAGAGCUUGGCGUAAGGUGCAACAAAAUUGGAUCGCUUUUGGGCGACACGUGGGUCCUGAUCGACGAUGCUCAACUUGCUUUCGAUGCACAACGAUUCUGGAAAAUCGUUGUAAAGGAUUUUUCGAGAAUUGAUUCAGUAAACGUUGUCAUUGCAGCUACAUAUGAUUUGCAGUCUCAGGGUACAACUCCCUACUCCUUUGGCGAACAGACGCACAUUUCAGACCUAUUGCUGUCACCAGAAGAAGCAGAAGAAUUAUAUGAUGGAUACGUCAAGCAAAUACCUUAUGCAAGGGACUGGGUUGCCUUCAAAGAUACCCUUCUGAGGCUAGCUGGUGGUCACGUUGGAGUACUCAGUGGUGGCGUUGCGAUGCUUUACCGAAUUGAAAAAGAAGAGCAAAAGAGGCUGACUCAAUCAGAGGCCCUUGCUGCGUUGCGAGACUCUCGAUUUCGAGUGAACUUGAAUCGCUGUUUCCCAUGCAAGAAACUUAUGAAUGAAAAACAGAGAAUGGCAGUUUCCGAGAGAAUUAUCAGCAAAGGACAUAUGUUAAACCCAAUCGAUGCUUCUCAGGGCAGUCAACAUGAUGAAUCCUUGGUGCAACUUGUCCGAGCUGGUGUUUUGUCUAGCACUGGUGCCUUUUCAUGUCUGGUAGCCCAAUGGCUAUAUUUCAAUAGCUUCUACAAUCGACCGGCAGAAGGACCGACAUCUAUUGGAGAGUUGAUUUUGCAGGCAGUGCGUUCACUUUCUGCCCUGAGGCUUCGCCAAUCUUGUGGCACACAACACUUUCCGCAGGAGGCUGCAUUCCAGCAGCUCUUUAAUGAGGCCUUCACCAGGCUACUGCCUCCUGCCGUGUCUGUUUGUCCUGAGUUGAAUACUUUUGCCAAGGACAAAAAUGGGAGGGUCUUAUCAGGCGAACUGGACUUUUAUAUCGGCGAGGAUAGGUGUUGGGCAAUUGAGCUCUUGAGGAAUGGGGACAAGAUCAACGAGCAUGUGGGGCGUUUUGAUCCUCAAAGUGGGAAGUAUCGGGGUGUCGGAUACAAGGAUUAUCUUGUUGUUGAUUGCAGGGGUGCUCUUGUUAGAGAAGUAGCAACCAUGCAGGAUCGAUGCACCAUUUAUUUUUCCGAUAACUUUCAGUCAGCCCAGUGCAAGAUGCGGGAGGAUCCUCUUGUAACAAUUGACCUGAGCGAUUAAUUGAGCAACAACGUUCUGUAGAGGAACGCCCUUCCACCACGCACCCGGCCGGAUGAGACCUAAAUGGAAAUCCGUUAGGAUUGACAUUUAGGUCGAAGCCGGCCGGGCGAGCUCCCGGGCAGUGAACCACAUGAGGUGGAGGGGCGUAUCUUCUGGAACCAUGUGACAAUUUCACCCUAAGUAACUUAACGGCCGUUAAAGACAGGUAAUCACAUUACCUAAGUAAGUAAAAUGUGACCAUUUACAUGUCACCUGCGACAAGCUCGAAACAAACUGCCCAAACUUGAACCGUGGUAACUGAUGCACCAGUCGCAACAACAACUACAAAAGGAACCAACACGAUGACGACCACCACUUCGAACAAAGAGAUGUGCAACAAGCCCUCGCGGCGUUUGAGCGACACACCCAGAAGGAGCAGUAGCAGUUGGGACAAUAAGUACCAUAGUACUAGUGGCAGAUGUCGUUGAAGAAAUUGAAACUGGUGUCCUCGAACGAACCAACGAACAACUAGCCUUGACUGACCGAUCGACCAGCCUUGACCGACCGAUCAAUCAAAAACAAACCAAUGAGUGACCACACCAAGCAUCAGCAGUAGCACCGCUGCAGUAGUAGUAACAACAGCGACAACAGUACAUCGUAGUAACAUCGGCAACAACAGUAGUAACAACAGCAACAACAACCAAGUGCGACCGACUGACUGAAGUUUGUUUGCAUGAUGGUAU